AUGUUUGUGUUGGGCUUACCCUACGCAAUUCUACACGGUGGAUACCUGGGACUGUUCCUCAUCAUUUUUGCUGCAGUGGUGUGUUGUUACACAGGAAAGAUUCUCAUUGCUUGCUUGUAUGAAGAGAAUGAAGACGGAGAGAUUGUGAGGGUUAGGGACUCCUAUGUGGACAUUGCCAACGCCUGCUGUACACCGAGGUUUCCAAAACUUGGAGGAAGGAUUGUCAAUGUGGCUCAGAUUAUUGAACUGGUCAUGACAUGCAUCCUGUAUGUGGUGGUCAGUGGAAACCUGAUGUAUAACAGCUUCCCAUCCCUACCAAUUUCCCAGAAGUCCUGGUCAAUUAUAGCCACUGCUGUGCUUCUACCGUGUGCAUUCCUCAAAAACCUUAAAUCUGUCUCCAAGUUCAGCUUGCUCUGCACCUUAGCUCAUUUCGUCAUUAAUGUCCUAGUGAUCGCCUACUGUCUGUCCAGAGCUAGAGACUGGGCUUGGGACAAAGUCAAAUUUUACAUUGAUGUAAAGAAAUUUCCUAUCUCCAUCGGUAUCAUUGUCUUCAGCUACACCUCCCAGAUCUUCCUGCCUUCCCUGGAAGGGAACAUGCAAAACCCUAAAGAAUUCCACUGCAUGAUGAACUGGACCCACAUUGCAGCUUGCAUUCUCAAGGGUCUUUUUGCUUUAGUGGCUUAUCUAACCUGGGCAGAUGAAACCAAGGAGGUCAUAACAGACAACCUACCCUCUACUAUCAGAGCAGUGGUUAACUUAUUCCUGGUGGCCAAAGCUUUGCUGUCCUACCCGCUGCCCUUCUUCGCUGCAGUGGAGGUCUUAGAAAGGUCUCUCUUUCAAGAAGGGAGCAGGUCCUUCUUCCCAAACUGCUAUGGGGGUGAUGGGAGACUGAAAUCUUGGGGACUCACUCUCAGAUGUGCCCUAGUUGUUUUUACCUUGCUCAUGGCCAUUUACGUGCCCCACUUUGCCCUCUUGAUGGGUCUCACUGGCAGCCUCACAGGAGCUGGUCUCUGCUUCCUCCUUCCAAGCCUCUUCCAUCUCAAGCUUCUUUGGAGGCAGCUUCAGUGGCAUCAUGUCUUUUUCGAUGUUUCCAUCUUUGUCAUUGGCUCCAUCUGUAGCAUAUCUGGUUUUGUGCAUUCUUUAGAGGGUCUAAUAGAAGCCUUUAGAUAUAAUGUAGAGGAUUAA